UUGUGUGUGAGUCAAACGUGUGGGUCUGCAGCUCGGCUGGAUUUUAUGGGAAAGUCAGUUUCCCACCAUUGUGUUCUCAGCGGUUGCCAGACACUCUCAGGGCUUGUAGGCUGCUGCGCUCGUGCAUGUGUGUGUCUGUGGAGUUGUGUAGAGCUGCUGGUUUCACAGAGCAGUACAGGAAGAAGCAGAGUUCAGAUUGUGUUUGAAGCGUCUAAGGGGAAGUCGGGCCGCUCUACAAACCUGUAAAUAUCUCUCUGACUUUUUGGGCUGGUGUUACUUUUCCAUCUCGCACCUCUGGACCGUCCUGCCCUUUUGUUUUUUUUCUUCCGAGCGUGGCGGCUCCCGGUGUUGCCUAGCCAGCGGUGCUAGUGGCAGUGGUGAGCUACAGGGCUGCAUGCCAUGGGCUGCGUCUUCUCCCUGCCAGAGGACAGGAGAGAUGCUGCUGAGAGGACACCCACCACAAGAGAGACCAGUUUCAUUGAGAAAAUGAAGAAAACCGGAAAGAACAUCAUUGUGUUCUACGGAUCUCAGACGGGUACAGCAGAGGAAUUUGCUAACAGGCUGUCCAAAGACGCUCAGCGUUACGGCAUGAAGGGAAUGGUUGCUGAUCCAGAGGAGUAUAGCAUGGGGGAACUGUCCCGUCUGUCUGAGAUUAAAAACUCACUCGCCAUCUUUUGCAUGGCCACCUACGGAGAAGGAGACCCAACUGAUAAUGCACAGGACUUUUAUGACUGGCUGCAGGAAAAUGAUGAUGAGGAUCUCUCCGGAUUAAACUACACUGUUUUUGGUUUGGGCAACAAGACGUAUGAACACUACAAUGCGAUGGGGAAAUAUGUGGACAAAAAGCUGGAGGAGCUGGGAGCAACACGCAUCUUUGAUCUUGGUAUGGGAGACGACGAUGGCAACCUUGAAGAGGACUUUGUCUCAUGGAGAGAGCAGUUCUGGCCAGCUGUCUGCGAGCACUUUGGAGUGGAAGCCUCAGGAGAUGAAUCAAGCAUUCGGCAGUAUGAGCUGAAGGAGCACACUGACAUCAACAUGAACAAAGUGUACACUGGAGAGAUCGGCCGCCUGAAGAGCUUUGAGGUCCAGAAACCGCCUUUUGACUCCAAAAACCCCUUCCUGGCUCCAGUGACUGUCAACCGCAAACUAAAUAAAGCUGGUGACCGACAUCUGAUGCAUCUGGAGUUGGACAUCACAGGCUCCAAGAUCAGAUACGAGUCUGGAGAUCACGUUGCAGUUUUUCCCACAAACGACUCUGCGCUGGUGAACAAGCUGGGACAGAUACUUGGGGUUGACCUUGAUGUGGUUAUCUCUCUUAAUAACCUUGAUGAGGAGUCCAACAAGAAGCAUCCGUUCCCCUGCCCCACCACCUACCGCACAGCCCUCACUCACUACCUGGACAUCAGUCACCCUCCCCGCACCAACGUCCUCUACGAGCUGGCGCAGUACGCCUCUGAUCCCAAAGACCAGGAGAAUAUGCGCAAGAUGGCCUCCUCCUCCCCCGAGGGCAAGGCCCUCUACCAGAGCUGGGUGUUGGAUGCCAGCAGAAACAUCCUCGCCAUACUGGAGGAUAUGCCGUCACUGAGGCCUCCUGUCGACCACUUGUGUGAGCUGUUGCCCCGUCUCCAGGCUCGCUAUUACUCCAUCGCCUCCUCUUCUAAAGUUCAUCCCAACAGCAUCCACAUCUGCGCCGUCGUGGUCGAGUACAAGACCAAGACUGGCCGCACCAACAAGGGAGUUGCGACCAAUUGGCUGAAAAACAAACUGGUCACAGACAACGGGCACAAGUCCACUGUCCCCAUGUACAUCCGCAAGUCUCAGUUCCGCCUGCCGUUCAAAUCCACCAACCCGGUGAUCAUGGUCGGCCCUGGGACUGGAAUUGCUCCGUUCAUGGGGUUCAUCCAGGAGAGAGGCUGGCUCAAACAGCAAGGAAAGGAGGUUGGAGAGACCGUGCUGUUUUUCGGCUGCAGACAUAAGAACGAGGAUUACAUCUACCAGGAGGAGCUCGAAGGCGCAGAGAAGAACGGAGUCUUAACACAGCUGAAUGUUGCCUUCUCCAGAGACCAGGACCAUAAGGUGUACGUGCAGCAUCUGCUGACAAAAAAUAAGGAGCAUGUCUGGAAGUUGAUUCACACGGACAACGCUCAUAUCUACAUAUGCGGAGAUGCAAGGAACAUGGCUAAAGACGUGCAGACGGCUUUCUACGAGAUUGCGGAGGAGGUGGGAGGCAUGACGCGCACCCAGGCCGUAGAUUAUGUGAAGAAACUGAUGACCAAGGGACGCUACUCACAGGACGUCUGGAGUUAGAGCCUCAAACCUGGCCUCACUUUGUGCACAUACAGUGGUAGUUUUAAAGGUUUUUAUCGUCUGCCUUGGUCUGGACUGACUUAAAGAAACAAAUGAAUCCAUUUUAAACCUUGUGUUCGUACUCACCCUGGUUCACCUUGACAGUGACAGCUAACUGAAGAAAAUGAGGCAAACUCUACCUCAGCAGAUCUUACUAAACCAAUAAAGCAACCUCCUUACUUUUGUUUGUGGACAGGCAGCUUGUGUUUGCUGAGAUCCUCACACGAUCCUAACUGUUUCAGCCCUGUGCUUUCCGGGGAGUGUAAAGAGCCUCAGUUUUAUAAAUGAACGAAUUGGUGUAGAAGCCCACCCGCUCUAAAUUCUUAAAUCAUGAGUAUUUGAUGCACAAGAGUCUCAUUUGAUUUUGUUUUAAUGUUUUAUUUUUAUUUUUUUUUAUUAGCCUCAGAUUUAAGGUGUCACACCACAGCAGUUUAUGAUGCAUCGUGUGUGUGUGUGUGUGUGUGUGUGUGUGUGUGUGUGUGUACACAUGUGUACGUGUGUGUGUGUGUGUGUUGCAGUGUAAACACUCAGAGAGAAAAGUCGGCGCCCAUUCAUGUCUCAGCCUGCUCUGAGCUGAUUAAGUAACCGUUUCCUAGCAACAAUAAAUAAAUAUCUAAAAUGUUUUUAAAGUUUUUAUUUGGUGUAACAAACUGGCAUCGCAGGUACAAUUGUGUGUUUACCUUUGUGUUUUGACAAGGGGGUUAGCCUUUUAUGCAGACGUUGCUGUUCAUUUGAAAGAAGAAUGGUAACAUUUCGAGAGGCACCGAAAAAAAGGAGACGAUCAUAUAUGAAAACCAUGAGAUUAUGUGCUUUUCUUUUCUUUUAAUACCCUGCCUUUUAACAUAGAGAAAAUAAAUAUUUUUAACCAGUGAUAUUUUAAAGCAUUUUGUAUGUUAGAGCCUGCCUCCCACGGGACUGUUGUUUUCUGUGAUAUUCACCUAAAAGCAGAGGAUUGUGGGUUCAUUGGGUGGCAGUGGCAACUCUAACACGAUAACCACCUCUGUUUGACUUUCUUACACUCUUCUGCGCCUCUCCCCCUUUUUGUCUGACCACACCUGCGCCGCUGCACGCAGAAGGUGGCAAGACGUAGCCGAACAUUUCGCGUGUUCUCCCAUUUCAGUCCAUCAGAGCUCAUCACGGAGCUGUGGGGGAGUUUGAGGUCAGUCAGGCAGUGGAAGUGCAGUGCCUUUUUUUCCCUUCUUUUUAUGAUGCCUUAUGUAUGGUGUUGGCAGUAAAGUCUGGAUACUUCAUUGUAUGUUUCUUCUUUCUUGCUUAUAUUUUGAUAGAAAGUCAAGUUCAUCUGAGACACUUUACCCAGUGCUGUCACUUUUAUCAUUCCUCUUUAUAAUGUAAUCAUUUGAUUAUAUGGAGGCUUGCUUUUUUUAAUUAAUAAAAAGACUGAAUAAUU